UGCUUUUACUGACAACAGGAGACAAGCCUGGCACAAAAUGGCCCCAGGAUUGGGGGAAUAAAACGGGAAUGUUUGCAUGCAUUCUUCUCUGCUGUGGAGAAGGGUCCUCAUCUGUAGUUGAGGCUCUAGCCUGAUGCCAUGAGCAUACCACCUACUAAUGACAUGUUCUUGGGGAAGCAAAUAGUGGGAGCGAGAGGGAAGAAGAGGAGAUGGGCAGAGCAUCACCAGUUACUUCCAUUCUGGAUUGGAAUUAUUGGUGGAACUGGCCUGGACGAUCCUGACAUCUUGGAAGGAAGAACAGAAAAAUAUGUGGAUACUCCUUAUGGCAAGCCAUCAGAUGCUUUGAUACUGGGAAAGAUAAAAAAUGUUGACUGUGUGCUUCUAGCAAGGCAUGGGAGACAUCAUACUAUUAUGCCCACAAAUGUCAACUUCCGUGCCAACAUCUGGGCAUUGAAAGAAGAGGGUUGUACUCAUAUCUUAGUAACUACCGCCUGUGGUUCAUUAAGAGAAGAAAUACAGCCUGGAGAUGUUGUUAUGAUCGACCAGUUCAUUGACAGGACUAUCAAAAGACAUAACACUUUUUACGAUGGGUGCUAUUCCAAUCUUCCAGGAGUAUGUCAUAUUCCAAUGGCUGAGCCAUUUUGCACCAAAACCAGAGAGGUUCUUAUGGAGAUUGCCAAGAAGCAUGGGAUCAAGUGCCACUCAAAGGGGACAAUGAUCACCAUUGAAGGGCCACGUUUCAGUUCUCGGGCAGAAAGCUUAAUGUUUCGCAACUGGGGGGCUGAUGUUAUCAACAUGACCACAGUUCCCGAGGCGGUUCUUGCAAGAGAAGCUGGAAUCUGCUAUGCAAGUAUUGCUAUGGCAACAGAUUAUGACUGCUGGAAGGAGCAUGAAGAAGCCGUUUCAGUGGAUAAGGUUUUAAAGACUCUGAAAGAAAAUGCGAACAAGGCAACAAGCAUACUUCUUACUGCUAUACCUCAAAUAGGUUCCAUGGACUGGACAGAAACACUGCAUAACAUGAAAUGUACUGUGCAGUGCUCAGUCAUGUUACCAAAACAUUAAAAGCAUGGAUGGGCUCUGAAGUUUGGAUGCUCAGAAGAAAGGAGAGGAUCAGUCUUGAACAUCUAAACAGUUACAAUAUUUUGGGAAUUUGAUGUUUAGCAUGAAAGAAUACAGUAAAUGUUGCACUGGUCUAUUUCUUGUCUGCUAGUAAAGUAUCAUGCUAAAGACUGUUGAAGAACUUACCAAUAGCCUUGGCAUGUAUUGAUUGUAUGAACUGGUAGGGCAAUGGGAUAAGCAUUCCAUAACAAAUUAUCAUAGUUAAGAUCCUAGUACUUCUGUUCUUGUUUACAAACUUCGGAUGAGAAAGAGUGCUUCGUUCAUCCUUUGCUCAGUACUAGCUGAUCAUUCCUGGCCUGAAAGAAGGCCAGAGAAGAGGAGGGGUUAGAUUGUGUACUCUUAUUGAUCAGUUUAAAAAAAUAAAGACUUCAGAAAGUUAAAACGACAGAGCUAUUAGUUGCUUUGCUAUCUCCUUUUUCUGAGAGCAGACUAUCUUUUAUCACAAAAAUAUAACUGAAGGACUAUAGGUUACUUAAGAAAAUACACUGCAGUAUUUUUAUAUAUUUUUUUAUAUAUAUUUUACCUGUAUUGAUUUUCACUGUUCUCUUAUGGAAAAAAUUGGUUGCUGUGGGGUUUGUAAUUUGGACAUCUUAAGCCCAAAUUUUAAAAGCAUGCCCACUUUUGCUGCCACACUGUUUCACCAUAAGAAAUUGUGCCAAUUGUUUUGCAGCAGCAAUAAUUUUGAGUACAGGUGUCACCAUUUUAAAUGUUUACUUGAUUGCAUGAGCAAGUCAGGAGACAAACAUCUAGAUCUGUGUCUGCAAUUGAUUGCAGGCACAGAUAUUUACAGGUACAUAAAUAUUCCUGCAAAAAUGAGUCUGGAUUUCAACCUCUUUAAAAAAUUAGACUCAUGAAACUUGAUGAAAUGAUGUUUCUCAAUUUUAGCUUGAGCUGCUUGAGUUUGGGAAGGAAUAAUGUGCAUUACGGAGCUGAUCCAGAGCCCACUGCAGUCACUGGAAAGACUUCCAUUGUCUUCAUUGGAGUUGGCUCGGGCCCUAAUUAACUAAAACUGAAGUGACAAAUUUAGCACACCAUUUUGGCCUGAUGCCACUGUCUGUUCUGUACACCAGGGGUAGCAUUGUCUGUUACAUUUGUCUACAGAAUUCUUUUUCUUUAGUUUUAUUCUGAUUUACAACUAUGUUAGUGAUGAAUGUAUCUACUGUUGAUUGUAUCCAAUGUAUGUAUUCAUGCACCUCUACAUCUUCUACUGCAUAUGCAGAAUGAAUACAAUUUGCCUUCAGGAAAGUAAUCUGCUGCUGCUUGUCUAAUAAAUAAACCAAAUGUAACCUCCUGCUUCUAUAAA